UGCAGACGCUGCGCUGUCCUGCCAUGCUGUCAGCUCCCAGUCUGAGGCAGAUCUGUGUACCGUAGCAGCACCCCAUGUUGCCUCCAGAAUGGGGGAAGCUGAAUUACGGCUGUUUGACACUCUGGCGAUCAGCGCUGCCAGACCCUCUAAGCACCUUUCUCUCUCCCCGUCUUUCCAGCGCUGCGCCUUUGCCGCCUGGAUCAAGGAGAGAAUCCACAAGAGGGAAUGUUGCUUCUUUUCAAAAGGUGACAGAGAGGAUGUAUGUGAGUGUGGCUACUCAAAGAGCAAUCAUGUGGAUGAAGCCAUCAAGCCAGAGGACUUCACAGGCGAGUCAUGGGACAAACACAGACAUGUCCGGGAAGUAUGCACUGAUGCUUUCGGAGAAAUCUGCUUUGGUGGUUUGGGACAGAAGAUGGGCAAGUAUGUGCGAGUGUCCACAGACACCAGCCCUGAAAUCCUGUACCAGUUAUUGACUGAACAGUGGAACCUUUCCCCUCCCAACCUCCUGAUCUCAGUGACGGGAGGAGCCAAGAACUUCCAUCUGAAGGCUCGUCUAAAGAACAUGUUCCACAGAGGUCUUAUCAAAGUGGCCCAGACAACAGGUGCAUGGAUCAUCACCGGUGGUACGCACACAGGUGUGAUGAAGCAUGUAGGGCAGGCUGUGAGAGACUAUGCCCUGAGCAGCUCCAUGCAGGGCCAGAUCGUGGCUAUCGGAGUACCAACGUGGGGAGUAAUUCACAACAGGGAUGCUUUGGUGAAUUCAGAGGGUUGUUUUCCAGCUCAUUAUUUGAUGGACAUCAAGGGCCAGGGCCGACUCUCCUGCCUUGAUAACAACCACACCCACUUCCUGCUGGUGGACGAUGGGACACAGGGACGAUACGGUGUGGAGAUUGAACUGCGUAGCCGUCUGGAGAAGUACAUCUCUGGAAAGUCUCUUGGAACAAAAGAGAGUGGCAUAACCAUCCCUGUGAUCUGUUUGGUUUUGGAUGGAGGACCAGGCACUCUAAAUACCAUCUAUAAUGCCAUGCAGAAUAAUACACCAUGUGUGAUCUUGGAGGGCUCUGGGAGAAUAGCAGAUGUGAUAGCCCAGGUGGCAGGACUGUCAGUGACCCAGGUCACUAUCGCCCUCAUCCACCAAUUAAUGAAAAAGUUCUUUGGCCAAGAGUCUGAAAACUUCCACGACCUCAUAGAAUGGACCAAGAAGAUUCAGGACAUCAUCAGGAUGUCUAACCUUCUGACAGUAUUCAGAGUCAGCGAGGACAAUCAUGGGGAUCUGGAUGUGGCUAUUCUUCAAGCACUACUCAAAGCUUCGAGGACCAGCGAAUCACUGGGAAUCGAGUACUGGAAGAGGCAGCUUGAGCUGGCUAUAGCCUGGAACCGAGUGGACAUAGCUGAGACUGAGAUCUUUCCUGAUGAGAGCCAGUGGAAGUCCAGUGACCUCCAUUGGGCCAUGUUCUCGGCCCUGGUUGGCAACAAGCCUCGGUUUGUGAGUCUGCUGCUGGAGAACGGUGUGAGUCUCAGGGACUUCCUGCAGGACAUGGAAACUCUGUGUGAUCUCUACAGACAGCUGCCCGGCUGCUUCUUUCUCCGCAAGCUGGCCAAGCGGGUCCACAGAUCUCGCCACAGCAGGGGGCAAGUGUUUGGAAACAGGCCUCGGUGUCCCUCAGGGCACUGCGAACUGAUCAACAUGACUCAUGUGUCUGAUGAGGUGCGCCACCUGCUGGGCAGUUUCACCGAGGCCCUCUACCCCCCCCCUCCCACGGCAAAUCACUUCAACAUGACUAUGGUGGAUACAUCUCUAUCACUGUCUAAGAGUCAGACGGAUUCCCCAGCUCCACUCAUUGAGGACAGUACUGAAGCACAGAGGGACUCAGGGACAGACCUUUUCCUUUGGGCUGUUGUCCAGAACAAUAAGGAGCUGGCUGAAAUUGCCUGGGAGCAGUGCAGAGACUGCAUGUGUGCUGCCCUGGCCGCCAGUAAGAUCCUGAAGAAAAUGGCUGAGGAAGGAAGUGAUGCAGAUGAGGCAAAGGACAUGCAAGCGCUUGCCAAUCACUAUGAGAAACACGCCAUUGGUGUGUUCAGUGAAUGCCACAGAAGUGACGAAGAGCGGGCUCAGAAGUUGUUGGUUCGUGCGUCACCAUUCUGGGGAAAGACGACGUGUCUAAGGCUGGCACUGGAGGCUGAUGAUAAAAGCUUUAUAGCUCAGUCAGGAGUUCAGUCUCUUCUGACACAGAUCUGGUGUGGUGAGCUUUCAGUUGUCAACCCUGUGUGGAGAGUGCUGAUCUCCAUUGUCUUCUUCCCACUUAUCUUCACUGGCUUUUUGGUUUUCAGACGUGAUGAAGUCAUCCACAGAGAAAUUGAGAAGGAUGAGGAGAUCAAGACAGUGGAGAAAGUGACAGGAAGUACACUUCGAACAAAUUCUCACGGCCCCCCGCAGCACCUGAAGCCUCUGAGCAAGUGGUCCAGACUGGUCUGCCUGUACAGCUCUCCGCAGGUCAAGUUUUACUUGAACAUUGUGUCUUACUUCGCCUUCCUCUUCCUGUUUGCUGUGGUGCUGAUGAUCGACUUCCAGGCCACGCCCUCUGCCGGGGAGUUGCUGCUUUAUAUCUGGCUGCUCUCUCUGGUGUGUGAGGAGGUCAGACAGCUGUUUCAUGAUCCUGAUGGCUUUGGGUUUUGUAAGAAAGCCAGGAUGUACAUUAAUGACCUGUGGAAUAUUUUAGAUGUUCUUUCCAUCCUCCUCUUUAUUAUUGGCCUUGCAUUUAGGCUGACGACUGAGCUGUUCUAUGCAGGUAAAAUCAUCCUCUGCAUCGACUUUGUGGUCUUCUGCCUCCGUCUCAUGGCCAUCUUCACGAUCAGCAGAACCCUGGGACCCAAAAUCAUCAUAGUGAAGAGGAUGAUGAUGGAUAUGUUCUUCUUCAUGUUCCUGCUGAGUAUCUGGGUUGUGGCGUACGGCGUGGCCAAACAAGGCAUCCUUAUCAACAAUGAAAAUCGGCUGAACUGGAUUCUCCGGGGGGCAGUUUAUGAGCCGUACCUCAUCAUAUUUGGAAAUUUCCCCACAGAUAUUGAUAAUACUUCGUUUGACAUAAACUCCUGCAGCAUGAAUGGCGACGAUCCCCUGAAGCCCAAGUGUCCUGUGCUGAAUGAAAACCAAACCCCAGCCUUCCCCGUGUGGCUCACCAUCAUUAUGAUUUGUGUUUACCUGCUCUUUGCCAACAUACUGCUGCUCAACCUGCUCAUAGCUAUCUUCAACUUUACCUUCCAGGAAGUUCAGGACAACACAGACAGAAUAUGGAAGUUUCAAAGAUACGAGCUAAUUAAGGAGUACCACAGCCGCCCUGCUGCCCCUCCUCCUUUAAUCAUCUUCAGCCAUCUUUACCUCUUCAUCAGGAACAUAGUUCUGUGCAGACCUCCCAUCAUAUGCAAAGAGUUUAAGAACAAGCUUCUUCAGGCAGAGGAAGAGGAGCUGUUGUCCUGGGAGGCCCUGAUGAAGGACAAAUACCUGCUGUCCACACAGCAGGUGCAGAGCCAGAGCAUGGAGCAACGCAUCCUGGACACAGCCCAAAAGGUUGCUGCUAUAGCUGAUCGGCUGGAGAGGGAGGAGGAGAGAAGCUCUGUUGACACGGUGAAAGGACUGGCUCGACUAGAGGAGCAGGUCAUCCAGUCAGCCAAAGCCCUUCAGUGGAUUAUAGACAGUCUGAAAUCUCAGGGUUUCGCAGCAAAAGAAGCACAAUUGCCGACUCUAAUUACAACAGACGAGUCCCUCGACACUUUGAGAAAUACUUUAGAGAAAGAGGAUGGGUGCCAUGUGAACGCCCGUCAAUUUCACUACCCAAACAGCAAGCUCACACGCUUUCCUGUGCCUGAGGAGAAGGUGCCAUGGGAGGUCCGCUUCAGCUCAUACAUGCCGACAUAUUACGUCUCUGAAGAAGGUGGAGACCAUAUGGAUGGAUCAGAAUCAGAAACCUUACAUAAUCACAGAAACCCAGGAGGGAGGACGGGCAUCACGGGACGUGGUGCACUGAGCCACUUUGGUCCAAAUCUGAAUGUUGACCUUGUGCUUACACGCUGGCGAGACAGCGAGAGAUCUGUUUUGGAGUACCUGGCGGUUUUGGACGAGAGCCAAGGAAAUUUGGCUUUACCUGGCGGACCCGCCCAUUCUGCUGAUCAUUUGCCGUUGACUCUUCAGAGAACCCUGGGGAAGAAACUGUUUGAAAAAAUAAAUGCAAAAGUACCAGAGGGAACAAAGGUGUUUGAGGGUUAUGUAGAUGACUGCAGGAACACAGAUAAUGCCUGGGUGGAAACCACUGUCCUAAACAUUCACCUGGACAGAACGAGCAAGGAGAUGGUAGAAAUCAACAGUAUGGUGGUGAGCAGCCAUGGCACUCUACAGUGGCAGGAGGUGAGCGGCAAAACCAGACUUGGCUCAAACCAAAGAGACACUCUGCGGCAGGUUGCUGAGCUGCACAACAGCAAGUUCUGAUGUCCACGCUGCUAUAGCUGUAAAUGUGCCUCGAUCCACAGAUUUUCUUCUGACUGUUUGUUUGGCCUUUUUUGUUAAGGGUCACGUAGAUUCAUUUUGCUGCAGUGAAAGCAAUUGUGAAAAAAGACACUAUAAAGCCAUAAUGUAUGCCUCCUGUGGAUUAUUUUUCAACAAUUUACACAAAUGACACAGGACUGUAAACUGAAUGUUUAGCCAACACACUGCUGUACACUUAAUACAUGUGUUAGCAUUCAUAUGUGUUCACUGAGAAUAAAAACCUCAGCGGUAGGUAACUAAGUACAUUUGCUCAAAUACGGUAUAAUUUUGUAGCUGCACAAAUAUUGUGCUUUUCACUACAUUUGUCUGACAGUAUAGUUCAUAGUUACCUUUUAUAUAAAACAUACAGAUGCAAAUCAUCAUCAGUUACCAAUAAAGUUAGUGAAAUGUGCCAAAAGUUCACUAUGUAUGGUAUUGAUACAAAACAUACAAAGGCAAAUCAUAUUACUGUAAAUAAAAUGAUGCACUGUCACAGAUGAAAAUGUCCAACACUGAAUAAAAUAUCUCAGCUCCACCAACUGCAAUAAUGUGAGGCAUGAUAGCCUUUGUAAUAAUGUAAACAUCUGAAAGGGGCUAUACUAAUGUCAACUUUUAUUUUUUAAUAUAUUUUGCUGCUAAUACAUGUGUACCUUUACUUGAGUAAAAGUUUAAAAGUAGGAAUUUCAAGGAAGCACUGCUGCUUUUAUUGAUUUCUUCUCAAUGCCUCUACCACUGACAUACUUUAUCUGCUUAAUUUUCCUGUCAAGGUAUUUAUGUUGCAUUUUAUUUCACAUGUGACCUUUACAUAUUCAAGAACUCUUAAGUAAUUAUUAAAAUAGCUCCCACAAUUGAA